GAGUUUCGUUUCUCUCCCUCGCCCUUUUUUAUGCUCUCUCUCUCUCUCUCUCUCUCUUUCUCUCUAUCUCUCGUGUCUCGCUCAAUCGGCAUCCUCUCUUCCCGGCGUGCGGAGCGAGGAAGGGCCAGAGAAGGAGAGGUAGCCAACCCUGUUGUCACUCUUCUUCUUCAUAAAGCUCCUUUUCCUAUAUUUUCUCCUCCAUCGCUUCUCGAAUUCUUGAUCGCCAUCAUGAACGAGAAGGCCUCCGUUUCUAAGGAGCUUAAUGCCAGACAUAAAAAGAUACUGGAGGGGCUGCUUAAAUUGCCAGAGAACAGGGAGUGUGCUGAUUGCAAAUCCAAGGGUCCACGUUGGGCAAGUGUGAACCUUGGGAUCUUCAUAUGCAUGCAGUGUUCUGGAAUCCAUAGAAGUUUGGGGGUGCACAUAUCCAAGGUCAGAUCUGCAACACUGGAUACGUGGCUUCCGGAACAAGUUGCUUUUAUUCAAUCCAUGGGUAAUGAAAGGUCAAAUAGUUACUGGGAAGCAGAAUUGCCUCCAAACUAUGACAGAGUUGGGAUUGAAAAUUUUAUUCGUGCAAAAUAUGAAGAUAAAAGAUGGAUACCCAGAGAUGAAAAAUCAAGGCCACCUUCGAGGGGUCGAGAAGAAAAGACUUUUGAUUAUAGGCAGAAGCCAAGUGAGAGAAAUGGAAACAGUUUAAGUAAUAAGCUAGAGUCUUCUGAGGAAUGUAGGCUUCCUGCUCACACUGCCAAGAAAAGCAUUACAGCUACUAAAGUUUCAAAUCAGGUUUCCUCAGAAUCAAAGGCAGAAAUAAACUUGCCCAAGGCUGAACCUCCACAAACUUCAGAGAUAGCUCCUGCAAAAACUCUCUCUCCACCUAGUAAAGCUGAUAAUUCACCUGCCAAAGCUGAUGCUACUCCUGUACCUCCUGUGAAAGUUGAUACUCCACCUGUACCACCUCCAAAAGUUGAUUAUGCAACUGAUCUCUUUAAUAUGCUUACUAUGGAUGCUUCCCCUAGUGAAACUGGAUCUAAAUCGUCUUCGGCUGAUGAUAAUGCAUGGGCAGGAUUCCAGUCUGCGGAUGCCACAACUGCUAACAAUAGUGGCACUACAACAAAUCCAGUUGAAAGGAAAAACCAGGCUACUGGAGUUGAAGACUUAUUUGUAGCUUCACCACCAAUGUCACAAACUCUGGCUCCCACAAAAUCUCAGGCAACUGUAAAGAAUGAUAUCAUGAGCCUUUUUGAAAAGACCAAUAUAGUAUCACCAUACUCUGUGCAUCAACAGCAGCUUGCAUUCCUUUCACAGCAACAAGCUGCUCACAUGGCUGCUGCUAAAUCUUCUGGUAGUUCUUUGCCCACUGUUCCUCUUCCCCCAAAUGGGAGCCCCCCAAUACAAAACUGGACAAACCAUGGUUAUCAAAUUCCAGCAAGGGCACCGAUGGUUGGACAAAAUGGAGUCAACAACUUGAGUCAGGUAACGCAGUUUGGGAACAUCAGGGCUGCCUAUCCUUAUGGAAGUUAUGGAGCAUUUCCUACGCCGCCCAGCAUGUACCCAGGCAUGUCCAACAAUGGGAUAAGCAAUGGGGUUGCGAGCAGGCCAUCUGCACCUUCUGUCAGCCCUGUGCGAUCCGGCAGUGAUUAUGACUUCUCGUCAUUAACUCAAGGAAUGUUCUCCAAACCUUGAAACUGUUUGCUGCAGGUACGCUGAGUGGAUUUUUCUUCAUGGUGAGACCCAUGGUUUUUAAUGAUAAAGCAUAUCAGUUGAGGCUCUCUUGAACCCUUGGCGCCAACUAGUUGUAGAUGCAGUAAAAAA